AGAAGGAUUGAUAUAACAAGAGCGACUAUCGAUGCGCAGCACAAUUCUCACUCACUCCAAGUCUUUGAAGCAAGAGCGAACCAGGGGAGCGGGCUUUCCAUUCAUUUACACUUUUCUGUCUUGAGUCCGCGGCGCGGGUAUCGUUCACCACAUUUUUUUUUUUUGUAAAAGUGAACACGAGACACCCGCAGAUCUGAAACUUUACGAGACCUCCGAGUUUGGGGACUUUGCUUCCCAGUUGAAUUGCAUGACAUUUGUUUUAAGGACUUUUAAGAGCCUGACAGACUUUCUUCACCUACCGCGUAGUAGUGUGGGAUUUUUGAGCUGAAACUGGGACUUCUCAAAUGCAAAAGUACAUGUAUGAGAAAGCAAUGGCCCAAGAGACAAGGAACGGAGGAACCUCUACGUUAAAUAACAACAAUGGUGUUGACAACAGUAAGAAGAAGCUGCUAAUAGCGCUCGACAUCUUCUGUCUUCUACUUGCUAGCCUGCCUUUCCUGAUCAUUGAGACUAGCACCAUAAAGCCGUACCAGCGCGGGUUUUACUGUUCGGACGAGUCCAUCCGCUACCCCCGAAAAGAGGGAGACACCAUUAGCGAUGCCGUGCUUUGUGGUGUUGGCAUUCUUAUUGCCAUCUUCUCUAUUGUGAUUGGAGAAUGCUUCAGGAUUCACCAACUACAUGAGGGAACCAAGUCUUUUGUGGGGAAUCCCUAUGUUGCAGCCCUCUACAAACAGAUGGGCGUGUUUCUCUUUGGAUGUGCCGUCAGCCAGUCGUUCACAGACAUAGCCAAGGUGUCAGUGGGCCGCAUGAGGCCCCACUUCUUAGAUGUGUGUAAACCAGAUUUCUCCACCAUCAACUGUUCAGCGGGAUACAUCACCAACUAUACCUGCACUGGCGACGAGAGUGAUGUACAGGAGGCCAGGAAAUCCUUCUUCUCAGGACAUGCCUCUUUUUCCAUGUUUACCAUGCUCUACCUGGCUUUCUAUCUCCAGUCCAGGUUUUCGUGGCGUGGCGCUCGUCUCCUCCGCCCGCUUCUCCAGUUCACCCUGUUGAUGAUGGCCUUUUACACCGGCCUGUCACGCGUCUCCGACCACAAGCACCACCCGACCGAUGUCCUGGCAGGCUUUGUGCAGGGAGCCCUGGUGGCCUACUGCAUAGUGUUCUACGUGUCAGACCUGUUCAAGCCCCGGGUGAAGCCGGCCACGCCCCCGCCCUCCCCCAUCAAGAAGGAGCUGCUCCCUUCGUCCGACAUCAUCGAGAGGAACAACCACCACAACAUGGUGUGAGAGACUGCCGCGACUUCUUCCUGCGACCGAGGAGCCAAUCACAGCGCUGCUCACCUCCCAUCGGACAGUAGAAUGUAGCGACGAGAGACUGUAGCUGCUCCUCAAACGCCACCCUCCUCCCUUUUUUCGCGGCUCCCAGCGAGGCGCUCUGUGGACUAGGGUGUCAGAUUUGAGAUUUGCACAGCAGAGUCCACUCUCACUAUCCAGACUUAUUAUUUACCAUUAUGUUAACUACUAAUCAACAUUUGAGCCCAUCGUUUUGAGCACAAACAGGAAACAAUUUGGAAGGCAAAAUGAAUUAAGAAAUUGAUGACAGGCAGAGCUGAGGGUGCGGAGGUUUGAUGGAAGUGUGACCACAAAAAGGGAAAACACUUGAAGGAAAUGAAUGAAGGAAAGACACGAAAUGAAAAAAAAAAAAAAAAAGACAAACCCCCUGCCUAGGGAGAGAGGGAUCUCCAGUGAUGCUUCCUCUCUGAACUCUCUGUGGCCUUGGAACGCUGUAGGACAACUACUUCCUUAGCUAUGGGAAGGAUAUUACUGCAAUAACUAGCAGCAUAGAAAUAUUAACAGUAUAGAAAAAUAUAACUUAUAGCACUGUUUUUAAGUUCAUUGUCCAUUAUCACCACUUGCUGCCUGAGACGUCUAACUGGGAGGAAACUUGAUGAUGCUGACACCGUGAGACAGACUCCAUACCACAAUAACAAUAACAAUAACCCUGUAAGAAUCAUAUACGGAUCUUUUCAGGUCUUUAGAACAGGUUUCACUUUCGGAAGCAAGACAUCCCAAUAAACUCAUAAACAAUAAACUCAACAUUAGGAAGUGAAGCCCUCCAAUAUCACUCGCCUCUGUCUCCGGAUCAGCACGUCACGCUUUUUGCAGUCAGACUCUCAGAGCGGCCUAAACGCGGGAUGUUGCAUUUCUUGAGGGUUAGAUGUAGUAAAAAAAAAAAAUGGGGGUGGGGGUGGGGGGGAUAUUUUCUGUGGAAGGACGGGGAGGCAGAUCUUACAGCCUCCCAGCACCUGUAUAAGAGGCGUGGCUGUGCCAUGCCACUUCCUGGUGUUGGGUCGCCAUCUGUUUGGCUUCCUGGACACAGGAAGAAGACGGGUGGUCAGAGUGAAGGGGUGCGGGCUGUCACCGUGGAAAGAGGGUGAUGAAUUACAGCUAAGCUGGCACAUUAUUUUUUGGGAUGAUUUGGGCUCUUUCCGCUGGCAGGGAGGGGCUCUCACCCACCCAAUCACUCAUUGGCAAUGGAUGUUUGUCUCUCAGUGUGUGUGUGUGUGUGUGUGUGUGUGUGUGUCCUGUGUGCUUGUACAUGUAUGUGUGAAUGUGUGUGUACAUAUGUAUGAGCGCUGUGAAACCCCCUCUUGAUAAACUACGUGUGUGUCAAAUGAGACGCACACUCUGUCAGCUGUGCCAAGUGUGUGUGUGUGUGUGUGUGUGCGCGCGUGUGUGUGUGUGUGCGUGCGUGUCAGAGAGCGAGAGAGCAGGUGAGCGUUAUAAAAACUGUGGAUCUAAUAUUUUUAUUCUCUUUAACCUUGUAUGUUUAUAGCCUGUCCUGUAUAAUCACUAACAGUUGUACAGUCCAGGUCCAGAAGCCCUUUUUAUUUACAGCCGACUCAGAUAUCCUCCUCCAACAACACACUCCGCCAUGUUGCACAUCUUUCUCAUCGUAUAGUCCGUCCUAUCAUUUCAAAAAGCCGUUUUCACUCUCUUUUUAUAAAUAUAUAAAUAAUGUAUAGAUCACUAAAAUUAACUCUGUAAGAUAUUGUUUUCUUAAGAUGUUUAGAUAUAUCCACUAUGAUUACAGACCUGUGUUCUUUACAAAAUGCUGCUUAAAAAGCAUCGAUUGACAGAUUUUUGUAUCUAGAUAACUAAACUAUUGUAGAUUGUUAUAGUUACGUUUGUAAUAUGCAUUCAAAAAAAAUACACCCACAAUUGUAUUAAAAUUCAAUAUUAGUAUUUUUGUAUUGUCUCGUUUUUUUUGUACAAAUACAUAGUUGCAAUGCCGUUUUUUCUGCUAAAUGUACUUAGCUCUAAUACAUGUGCUUUUAAAUAAAAAGCUCAUUAUGAACACAA